UGAAUACUCUUCUAAAUAGAGAUUUACACCAACUUUCACGUGAAACUUUAAAAUCAAAAUAAUUUAGUUAAUUUUUACUUUUUCAAUAUAAGAACAAGAUAAAAUAAACAAAAAUGGCAGAGGUUGUAAACGAAAGAAUUGAGGACAUGCUGCCAGAGUUGGAGCAGAUGGAAAGAGUGAAAUUAUUCAACAAACACGAAAUAAGACAAAUUACAAGUAAAAGAAAGAUAUAUGAGUAUAAAUUGAGGCGAAAACAGAAAGUGAAGGAAGACUACUUGCAGUACAUACAAUAUGAAACUAAUCUACUGGCUUUGAUUAAAAAGAGAAGAGAGAGGUCUGGCUACACAUUUAAGAAGCUUGAAAUAGAUGUGGCCAUUUUACAGAGAAUUCACAAACUGUUCAGGUUGGCACUUUCCAGAUUCCCUGAGGACAUCAAGUUAUGGUUGACAUAUAUUGCUUUUGCUAAACAUAGGAAAGAGACAUCAGUAAUCAGCAGGCAAUACAGUAAGAUGUUGCAGGUUCAUAACAAAAAACCUGAAUUGUGGAUUGCUGCUGCUAAAUGGGAGUUUGAAGAAAACAACAAUGCCGACACUGCUAGAAGUAUGUUACAGAGAGCUCUAAGAUUUAAUGAAGAGUCUAAAAAACUCUGGCUGGAGUAUUACAGAUUUGAGCUGAUGUUUGCAGAGAAGAUGAGAAAAAGACGUGAGUUGCUAGGUGACACACUUGAGGAGGAAGAUGAAGUAUCCGAUGCUACAUUACAGGGUCUGGCAGCUACAGUAGUCUACACUAAUGCUAUGCAAACUAUUCCAGAUGAUGUACAUUUUCUUCUAUCAUUCUUACCUAUAUGUCAGCUGUUUGACUUCACCAAGGACCAAGAAGAAUCAAUUGUAGAACAGUUACGAGAACAUUACACGGACAAACCUAUAGCCUGGGACGCUCUCGCUAGAAGAUGCUUGGGUAGAAUAAAUCAGGAAAAUGCCAGUGGUGGGGAAGAUUCAGAGCUGAUGUUUCACAAGGUGUAUGAAGAGGCAGUGAACACUGUACCAUCAGGUUAGUGCUGAUAUGUAUUAGGCUUUUAC